GGUUUAUAGGUAGUUUUAAUUUUAAUUCCCCUCUUCACCCCUCAACCCCUUCUGUGCCGUCGUGCCGAAGCUCAGAGCCAUUCCGGUCACGCUCUUCACAAUGCCUAAGCAAAUCCAUGAAAUCAAGGACUUUCUUCUCACUGCCCGAAGGAAAGACGCAAGGUCAGUAAAAAUCAAGCGGAGCAGAGAUGUUGUUAAGUUCAAGGUUCGAUGUUCCAAGUACCUCUACACACUCUGUGUGUUUGACCCAGAGAAGGCUGAUAAAUUGAAGCAAUCUCUUCCUCCAGGUUUGAGCGUUCAAGACCUGUGAAAGUACGGACUGUUGGAGCAAAGUGCUAGCGUUUUUCUUCUGGUUUUCUGAUGCCUGUUUAUCUGUAGUUGAAGCUCAAGAUUUUGUGGUCUCUCUUUUAGCGAGUCUUUGGGUAGACAUAUAUGCCUCGUCUAUUGAAGAGAAUUUGGUUGUCUCAUGAUAGAUCUCAGACUUUACUGCCCUGGAAUAACACAUCAAUCCAUUAUCAUUUUAAUUUUGCAAUCAAGAUUGGAGCUAAGAUAUGAUUAUCAAACACUGCAUGGGACUCUUCUAUUUAAAAAGAUUUGAAUUUGCAUUAAGCUGUUGUUGGUAACCAUGUUAUGUGUAACACUAAUUUGUGGUUGAAGAGUUAAAAAUUCUGCUACAAACUUGGCGACUGUUCUAUUUGACAAAUUCGAUUGAUUUAUUAUUCAUGAAAUUUAGUAGUU